GAUAAAGCUGAGGUACACAGUGCAGGAGAAGUAGAAGUAGCAACGGAGUUUAAAGUAGUUGUGAAAUUGGUUAAAGAGGGCGAGUCGUUUAGUAAGUUGAAUCCGGUUAAGCUUACAAAAGAGAUUAACACACUGGUUGGAAAAGUGAAAUGUGCAAAAGUCUUGCGGGACGGGUCUUUGUUAAUCAUCUGUAAUGAUGCCAAACACAAAGAGAGAGCACUCAGUUUGAGUAAAGUUUUGGGUGAAAAUGUAAGUGGAAAAUUGCUUGACAGUGGAAAGUAUUUGCGUGGGGUCAUUACAGGCAUUCCACCUGAAGUCCCAGUCGAAGAAAUUAAAUCCAAUGUAUCGGGAGGGAAGGUUGUAGAAGUUAGACGACUAAAAAUGAACAGAAAUGGGGAAAGGAGUGAUAGUUUUUCAGUCAUGUUGAAGUUUGAAGAGAGGGUUCUACCAGAUAAAGUCUGUGUUGGUUACAUGAGUUAUGGUGUUAGGCCGUUUAUCCCUCCACCACUUCGAUGUUUUAAAUGUCAAAAGUUUGGACAUGUCGCAGCAGUAUGUAAGGGGAAGCAGAGGUGUGGGAGAUGUGCCGGGGAUCAUGAAUAUGGGAAGUGUGAGGAAGGAGCUGCCUUGAAAUGUUGUAACUGUGGAGGUGAGCAUAGCUCAGCUUAUAGGGGAUGUACAGUUAGCAAAAGAGCUGAAGAAGUACAGAAGGUUAAAAUCCAAACUGGGGUCUCAUUUGCGGAAGCGGCUAGGAAAGUACCUGCUCAGCCAAUUGUACAGGUGAACAAAACAAUGGCUGUAGAGGCAUGUAGUUCAGCUUGUCAAGGAUGCAGUAAGAUCAAAGAAGAUACUCUUCUCAUGAGAAAAGAUAACUUUGUUUUGUUCAUGGUAGAGAUUAUUAAUUGUACUGCUCAAGCUGAAAGGAAGACGGAAAAAAUUCAAAUAAUUGUAAAAGCAGCGCAGAAGUACCUCGGUUUUAAAAAUACUAGCUGGGAAUUAGUGGAAGAGAGAUUAAAUGAGAGUCAAUUUUCAUCCCAACCUCAAACAUGGAGUGGUGUACCGUCUGUCUCAUGAUAAUUAUCCUCCAGUGGAAUGCAAGAAGUCUCAUUAGUAAUGGUCAAGAGUUUAAGAAGUACAUCUCUGAUUUGGAAGAUAGGCCCCAUAUAAUAUGUAUUCAGGAGACAUGGCUCAAACCUCAGUUAGAUUUUAUUAUUCAAGGUUACACAGCAAUAAGAAAUGAUAGGAAGGAUAGACAAGGUGGGGGAGUAGCAACAUUUGUUCAAGAUGGUCUGAGGUAUAAAGUUGAAAAUAUGGGGCAGGAAUAUGAAUCAGUAGUUGUUAAAAUCUGGAUAGGUAAUGAUCAAGUUUCAGUGGUUAAUUUUUAUAAUCCUAGUAAGAGGUUGAGUAUUGAGGACCUAGGUGCUGUAAGUGGACAGAGUCAAGGAAAGAUAGUGUGGUGCGGUGAUUUUAAUUCUUAUAAUGUAUUAUGGGGAAGCCUGAAUACAGAUGCAAAUGGUGUGAUUAUUGAGGAGUUCCUUGAAUUGAAUUCGCUUGUUUGCAUUAAUGAUGGUAGAGGUACAAGAUAUGAUUGUUGUAGAAACACAGAGAGUUAUUUGGAUUUAACAUUUAUAUCGAGUGGAAUGGCAGGUAUUACAUCAUGGGAGGUGUUAAGUGAAUUACCUAUGGGUAGUGAUCACUUCCCUAUAAUUGUAACAGUUGGAAUUGAUGUAAUUAAAGAAGACGAAGUGCGGGUACCGAGAUGGAGGUUAGAUAAAGCCAACUGGGAAUUAUUUCAAGUUUUAGCUGAGAGGAAGUGUGGUGAAUUAGAUGAAAGGUGUUUGAAGGAUGUGGAAUUAUUUAACUCUGAAUUUGUGUCUAAUAUUCUUCAGGUGGCUGAGGUUUCAAUCCCAAAGACUGGUGGAAGAGGAGUUAAAAAGUCUGUACCAUGGUGGAAUGAGCAGUGUAGUGCUGCAAUUAAACAGAGAAGUGGCGGUAAAUGCACCUUAAGUUGGUCUGCCAACCGCCAGUUAAACUCUAAAAGAAGAAGAAGAAGAAGAAUAGAGGAAGUCUGUAAUGGUGACGGAUGA